UUAAAAGUUAAUUCCUUUUAAUACUAGGUUAAUAAUUUGUGUUUCAUCUGUUCUUUUGUUUGGAAAAAAAGUUUGUUCCUAUUAAUACUAAAUUCAUAAUUUGUUUUUACUGCUAUUCUUUUUAUUAAAAAAAUAUAUAAAUAAACAAAAACAAAUUAGCUGUAUUUGUAAGUUAUUUUUCUUGUCAAUUAACUAACUUGUUUUUUUUUUUCUUGAGAAUACUUUGCAGGUUGUAUCACUUCAGCAUUUUGUGAAGAUGCCUCGGAAAGGUAGGAGAUCCCAGGCUCAAAAACUUCGUUGGACAAAGGUAGACCUGACAGGAUGGACGAGCAUCAGUAAAGGUGUUGCUCAAAUUUCUGAUAGACAGCAUGGCGAAGAUGGUGACAACACAUCUAGAAUUCUAUCCGUGCAGGCGUCUCAUUGCCAGAGUGAUGCAAGGUAUGAUGUUUUCUCACGAAAUCAUCAGUGCACAUGUGUAGCUCUGACAUUCCUUGCGUACCACAGUGAGGGAACUUUGUUCAAACAGCCUGAUCUUGACAGAGUGCUAGAGGAGGGUGAUGCUUUGUAUGUUGGCAUUAAAAUGCAGCUUAUUGCUGAAGGAAGAUUCAGACGGAAUCAUCUUAGCAUGGGUGAAGUACCUGUGAGCAUCACAACUUCUAACCACACCUACAACGUCCAAAAGUCAGAAGUGUUGAUGGGAUAUCUGAGAGCCAGAGGAACUCCUGAAAUGGAAAGAUGGUGGAUUCCUCUUGAUGAAAGACUUCAGUGUCUCUCAACAGAUGUCAGCCAUGCACUGCUUAUGGUUUCUCCAGAGUGCUUUGCUGUGUUCAGAGAUGGAUCUGGAAGAUAUGGAUAUUUUGAUUCACAUUCCAGAACGGCUGAAGGUUUCCCACAUCCAACUGAUGAUGGAACUGCAGUUAUGUUAAGUUUCACUGACCUGAAUGACAUGACCAGCAGACUACUUCAGCUUUUUCAGAAUCGUGGUGCUGAGACUUGCUACGAAUUCAUGCCUGUUGCAUUUGAAAUGGAGCAACCCGACAGCUCCCGAAGCAGAAACUCCGACGACAAAGAUGUGGAAUUUAUCGGCCUCUACGUGACAACAGCGUGUUUUCAUCAUGCCAAAGGCUCGCUCUGUCAUGCUUUGUGUUCUGCACAGACUCUCUGUACGGGGUGA